AGAAUUCAUCUGUCCUUCGCUUCCAUCCAUCUGAGACCUUGAGCGAUCAUUGAGUUCAGGAACUGUCAGCGUUGUAUACGGAGGCAAUUGUAAGGUGCAAGAAGAGGAGAAGGCGCGAAAAGACUUGAGUCCAGCUUGAGUUGCGACUCCGUGUGCUGACAUUAACAUCCAAGGGAGCUGCCCUUCGUUCACCUGAGCUAGACUUCAUACCUUUGAGUUUCAAAUCCGUCCCAUCGGUUUAAAGCUCAUUUGCAGAUCCCAGAAGAAUACUGAUCUUUCUCGAAAGCCGGAGGUCGGAGAUUCUCCCCACUUGAGGCUCUUCGUUCACCUGAGCUAGACCUCAUACCUUUGAGUUUCAAAUCCGUCCUAUCGGUUUCAAGCUCACUUGCAGAUCACAGAAGAAGAGUGAUCUUUCUCGAAAGCCGGAGGUCGGAGAUUUCCCCCCACUUGAGGCUCCUGAAAUUCAAGUUUCAACCAAAGAUGGACGGCGACUCGACCGUUGUUGUUGAUUACAGCAACGAAGACAAGGUGCCUUCUUGGCUGUUGGCCAGCCAGGACGACGAGUGAACACUGUCUGAAACCUGACGAGGAGGAAUUCUUUUCAGUCCGUGCGUUCUGAAGCCUGGAGUGGAAACAAUGUUGACUGAUGUAUCGACACUUGGCAUGAAAUUCAGCUUUCGCGACCUGAAUU